UUCGAACGAUACACUUUAACUUUUCACAGACACUGAUUAUUUCACGAACAGUCAUUCGGUAUUUCAUCUUCGAUCGUGAUACAUCGGCUCCUGACCAAUUCGUACGCGUUCCCCUCGAAUUUCUCGUUCCGUUGAAACCUAAGAGCGAACAUGAAGAUCGCCGUGAUCGGUGCUGGAUCUGCUGGUCUGGCGGCUCUGAGACAUUGCACUUCCGGCGCGUUCAAUUGUGAAGUGGUUUGUUACGAGAAAACGGAACAGGUCGGAGGCACCUGGGUUUAUAGGGAGGAGACUGGCGUGGAUAAAUACGGUCUGCCGAUACACACAAGCAUGUACAACAACCUGAGAACUAAUCUGCCGAAGGAAGUAAUGGGAUAUCCCGAUUAUCCGGCGCCCGAUGUUCCCGAAAGUUACUUGACACGCACGCAAAUACUGGACUUCCUGAACUCUUACUGCGAUCAUUUCAAGCUUCGCCAGUAUAUUCGGUUUCUGCACAACGUCGAAUUAUUGGAACCGUCGAACGGGGACCGGAAGUGGUCGAUCAAGGUGAAGGAUCUACAGAACAAUAUUGUCACGAACGAAUCCUUCGACGCCGUUAUGGUAUGCAACGGCCAUUACUUCGAGCCCAGUGUUCCGAAGUUGAAAGGCCACGAUCUCUUUCAAGGACGACAAUUGCACAGUCACGACUACAGGAGUCCUAAGAUAUUCGCUGAUAAAACUGUGCUUGUUAUUGGCGCCGGUCCAUCCGGAAUGGAUUUGGCCUUGGACAUAUCGAAAGAAGCGACGCGGGUGAUUUUGAGUCAUCAUUCGAAAGAACCGAUAGGGACCGUGUUCCCCGAGAACGUUAUCCAGAAACCAGAUGUGAAAGAGCUGACUAAGAACACCGUGCUUUUCACGGAUGGCUCCAGCGAACCCCUAGACGUUGUUUUCUAUUGUACAGGAUACAAAUACAGUUUUCCCUUUAUGAGCGAGAGCUGCGGGGUACGAGUGGAUUCGAACAUGGUCACUCCACUGUGGAAACAUCUUGUGUCCAUCGAGAAUCCGACCCUUGCUCUGAUCGGACUCCCAUUUUAUGUUUGUGCUUUCAGUAUGUGCGAUCUACAGGUUCGAUUUGUCCUUAAAUUCUGGAACGGGGAGAGAGACUUUCCUCCGAAGGCGGAUAUGUUGCGAGAGGAGAAGGAGGAAUUGGAGAAAAAAUUGAAAGAAGGUCUCGGAAAGAGGCAUUUCCACUUGCUGGGAUACAAGCAGGGCUAUUACUACGAUGAUCUUGCGAAGACUGCCGGAAUUACGCCCCUGCCACCUGUUCUCACGAAGCUUCACAACGAAAGCAGCAUGCGAUUCUUGGACAACUUGACACAUUACAGGGAGAAAAGAUAUAAGAUCAUCGACGAUUACAAUUUCAUCGAGCUUUGAAUCAUCUCAUAGGAUGAUCUAGCUUGUAAGGAUUACACGUUUGUUUUUGUUUUUUUUUAGCUUUUUAGCUCUCAACUUAAUCGCAAGACAGAACGAACCUCCCAUUGAUCCCACUAAAUUUUAUACGAAUAUGUUUGUGUUUGUACUAAUAAAUUAUGGAGACAAUAAAAUAUAAUAUUUUUAUUAAGAA